GACACCGGAGACUGCAGCGGCUUGGAAACUGUGCCUCACGACCAAUCAGAAAACCUGCCGCCGAAGAAAAGGUGGAGAAUGACAAAGGCCCAGGUGGUGACUAGCGAGAUAAAGGAGCUGCUGUUGGCCAUGGACCGAGAGGAUGAGGAGCGGGAUCGCGUAAGGAUGGACAGGCAAAGGGCCCAUGAAGAACAGCUGAGGAGAGAGGCGCAGGAGGCGGAGAGAGAGGCACGAGAGGCCGACACACGGGAGCGGGCAGACCAUGUUGCUUUGUUCAGCAACAUGUUCAGAGACAUCACUCGUGAAAUGCAGACACAGGCCUCACUUCUGCGGGACCUCAUUUCGCGAAUGCCUGCUCCAGCCCCUCAGCACCUUGCUCCAGCCCCUCAGCACCUUGCUCCAGCCCCUCAGCACCCUGCUCCAGCCCAACAGCACCGGUAUCCCGCCCAAAGGAAUUAUUAUUCUCCGCCGCCACCCCAGUACAGUAACACUCGCCACCAUUCUGAGUCAUACGAGUCUUUUGACCCACCUUCCUCCUCCUCCUUCAUCAUCCAGCAGCUGGACUGAGUUAUGCACACACACCCUGUUGUGCCUUGU